AUGGUGCUAGAAAGCAGCCCAGAAGCAGUGAGUUCCCAGUCCCUAGAUCUCCGGCGAGCUUGCCCCAAGAGCAGCCGCAUCUACCCUUCUCCAGGGGACAGUAUCCUGUUGACCAAGGAGCCAGUGAAGUACGGGGAGCUGAUCGUGCUGGGGUACAAUGGCUCCUUGCCCAAUGGUGACAAGGGCCGACGCCGCAGCCGACUGGCCCUGUUCAAGAGGCCCAAGGCUAAUGGGGUGAAACCCGAUGUCAUCCACCACAUCUCCACGCCGCUUGUGUCCAAGGCACUAAGUAACAAAGGCCAGCACAGCAUCUCCUACACACUUUCCCGAAGCCACUCAGUGAUUGUGGAGUACACGCACGACAGUGAAACCGACAUGUUUCAGAUUGGUCGUUCCACAGAAAGUAUGAUUGAUUUUGUGGUGACGGACACGACCCCUGGGGCCAACUCAGCCGUCGAUGGUCAGUCAGCUCAGAGCACCAUCUCUCGCUUUGCCUGCCGUGUCAUCUGCGAACGGAACCCCCCCUACACAGCACGCAUUUUCGCUGCCGGCUUUGACGCCUCCCGCAACAUUUUCCUUGGAGAGAGGGCGGCCAAGUGGAGGACUCCGGACGGGCUGAUGGAUGGGCUGACAACAAAUGGGGUGCUGGUGAUGCACCCCAAUGGCGGCUUCAGUGAGGACUCCACGCCGGGCGUGUGGCGCGAGAUCUCUGUGUGUGGGAACGUGUAUGCCUUGCGCGACAGUCGCUCUGCACAGCAGCGGGGGAAGCUGGUGGAAUCAGAGUCCAACGUGCUCCAAGACGGCUCACUCAUUGAUCUCUGUGGCGCCACCCUCCUGUGGCGGACGUCGGAGGGGCUCCUGCGCACGCCGACACUGCAGCAGCUGGAGGCCCUGCGCCAGGAGAUCAACGCUGCCCGGCCCCAGUGCCCAGUGGGCUUUAGCACGCUGGCAUUUCCCAGCCUGGCACAGAGGGGCGUGGUGGAGAAGAAGCAGCCAUGGGUCUAUGUCAACUGCGGCCACGUCCAUGGGUUCCACAACUGGGGCUUCCGCAAGGAGAAAGGGGGCCUGGAACGAGAGUGCCCCAUGUGCCGGCGCUCUGGGCCCUACGUGCCUCUGUGGCUGGGCUGCGAGGCGGGGCUCUACCUGGACGCCGGGCGCCCCACCCACGCCUUCUGCCCCUGUGGCCACGUCUGCUCUGCCAAGACUGUGCAGUACUGGGCACAGAUCCCUCUGCCCCAUGGCACCCACGCCUUCCACGCUGCCUGCCCUUUCUGCGGCACCUGGCUGACGGGCCAGCAGGGGUUCGUCCGUCUCAUCUUCCAGGGGCCUCUCGACUGAGCUGGGGGGUGGGGGGACAGGAUGGAGGGAGAUUAAAAAUA